CCCGUGCCUGCCGCUGGCAUCUGUGCUCAAGUGCAUUGAGUGUGGCCGCUCGAUGAGCUUCGGCGGGUGGCUCGCGCAGGAGUCCCUGCACACCGUGUCGCAGGGGGCGCUCCUGUGGGCGGCGCGGGCAGAGUGCCCGCCGUGCACCUGCAAGCCCUCGUUGGUGUGCGGCGCGGGCCAGGAGGCCCUGCGGCUGGAUUGCCCGGCGCCGGCAAGGGCCUGGCCGCUGUCGGCCGUGCUGCUGGCCCUGGUCUGCGGACUCGGGGCAGGCGCGGCCUUGGGGCGGCUGCUCGCGCCGCCAGCGCCGACCCAGACGGCUACCCGAUUCGAGAGAGCCAGUGGCUCGAUGUCCGCGGCGGCCGCGGCCGCCGCGGGCCAUCCCCUCGCCACCCUCGGGCUUGACGAGGGCGACCUCGUGCUGAUCAGGUACCAGGUGGGAGGAGCGCGGAUCUGGCAUGAGCGCCUCCUCCUGGCUUUCCAGGCCACCGCCCCCUUCGGCUCGGGCAUCUUGACGCCGGACGGGCACGGGCACGUCGAGGCCAUCACCACCGGCGGCAUCGACGUCGCGGACUUCUGUGUCCCCGCGGGCGGCGCGGCGGGGGGUGCCUCGGCAGCGACGGGCGGCGAUCAGGUGUACCGCUUUCGGGCGCUGCCCCUGCCUGCCGCCGUGGCGGACGCCGCCAGCUCCACCCGAGCGUCGCUCGGCCUGGCCCCAGGUGCCGCCGGCGCCUUGGUGCCCGCCGCUGCGCCCGCGGCGGCCGCGCCUGGAGGCGCCCUGGCGCCGAUGGUCGCGGCACCAGCAGUUGGUGCCCCUCAGGCAGCGGUCCCUGCUGCUGGCGCUGCCCCGGCCGCCGCCCCGCUGGCCGCCUUGGCUGGAGCGCCCGGCGCUCCGUGCCUGGGCGCGGGCGGCCUGGCGAACGCUCUCGCGGCGGUCGCGGCAGCCCCCGGCGGCGACGCGAGGAUGCAGGCAGUCGUCCUGGACCCACAGGGCGUUCGCUACAUCGACUUUAGGGCUGCGGUGAUGCGCAUGCACGAGCUGCCGUGGGCCGACUGGCCCCUCAAGGGCCCUCGUACUCUGCUGUGGGCGUUGAACUACAUACGCCGCAAUGGAGGCACACCCCUCGGGCGACAUCUGAAGUGGAAGGCCGAGGCGUACCUGGACGAGGAGGACCCUGGCGUGGACGCACACCUCUUGUGCUGCAGGUUGCUCGAGUACGGCGUUGUGUACGAUCAAGUUCAUGCGACGAACUUGGCCCCCAUGGAACUGGUCGGCCGCACGCUGCAGACCCAGGAGGAGCUCUACCGAGACAGGUUUGCGCCGUCCUCCGAGCACGGCAACGACGCUGCCCUGCUGUCCGGCGUCCAGGACGCUGGCGGCAGCAUCUGCAUGGCCCCGGCGCUGCGCGACUGGCUGGCGGCCGAGAAGUCUCGUGAGGCGGCCAUCGCCAAGGAGAGGCGUAAGGCUCGGGAGGAGCGUGCGCUGGCUGCUGGGACUGGCGCUGCUGGUUCCGGCGGCGCCGACGGGCGCGGCGGCCGCGGCC